AUGUGCACUAUUCUGUUCCGAAACUACAAGCAGACAAUCUGUGUUCUUGGCUCUGCGCACGGUUGGUUCUUCAAGCACAGUACCCGAGUCCAUGUGGAUCAGAUAUUGGAGGGCUUCGCGCAGCACUGUCGGAAUCUAGAGGCUCUGGAGAUCCAGUGGGAUCCAGAUACCAUUCGGUUCAGCGACAAAAGUCGAAAGUUUAUCGACCGCUUAAGAGCAGAGAAAUGGCCCAUUGUGGAUGCUGGCUAG